UUUAUAUAUAUUGUUUGCUCUUUAUUCAACCUGGCUGCCACCCGCCCUUCACCCACAAAAUAUUUCAUGACCUUGAGGAUAUAACCAUGGGGACUGCAGGUUAUGAGUCAACCUGUGCAUCACUACCACAAGGACGCUAGACAAAAUGCAGCACUGCCACCAGCUGGUCCUCCCUGGCCAGCCACCCGUAGUAAAGGAGGGCCACAUUGAGCCCAUAGACAUCUCUGUGGCCUUCAGGAACUCCAACAAGACGGUGACCAUGAUAAAGAACCUGGAGGUGUAUGGUGUGGACCCCAUGGCCGUAUCGUUAGCCCUGCAGCACAGAGUCCACGCCAGCUCAGCCCUGAACUCCGUCCCUGGCUCAAAGGACCGUGUCCUAGUCCAGAUACAAGGAAACCGGGUUCAGCAAGUCGGCCAACUGCUGCUACUGUAGGUUCGCAAACAUUUCCUAUUGGUAACCACAUGACAAGACUGUCUUAAUACCAACUCUUGAUUUAACAGGUGUUUAUGUGCAUAAUUUCUAAGGCUUUCCCCCACUUUAUUUUUCCGAUAAGUACCAAAUUCCCCGCAAGUACAUCCAGGGUCUAGACAAAGUUCAGAAGCCUGAAAAGAAGAAAUAAUAGAACCUCAACAUUUCAUCAACAAGUAUGUAUAGCUGUGUUAACAACUUGUUUACAAAUUGUCUAUCAUGAAAUAAAGUUUACUCCAGGAUUAGCUAAAUUUAUGUUGUCAUUAAUGGUAC